CUGUGGGCGCAGUCGCUCGGUGCAUGCUGGAGGAAACACACACUGCAGGUAUUUAGAUCCAAACGCAGACAACAGCGCAGCGCGCGCGGACAGGAUUUUCUCUCCGUCCGCGAGGUUAGGAGGAGGAGCGCGCGUUCUUACCGAGUGCAGCGAACAGGGAGCUCUCACUCCCACAAACUUUGUCGCUGCUUCUUGCGUUUUUCUAAAACUUACAAAUAUAUCCCACAUUUGGAUCUGACCGAUGCUCGGAGCUCGUGGUGUUGUUCCCGUUCUUCCUGCAGAGCCUCAGAUCCGGUUUCAAGCGCACCGGCAGUGAGAGAGGAUCCAACCGGGGAGUGGAAAUUACACGCAGAAAUGGAUUUAAUGUUGGAGUGAAAGUGCACAGUGUCUAAUGAUGGACUGCGUCUCCUGCAGGGAGGAAACACCUGAAAACGUCUGAGAGAGAUGGACUUGAACUUGGUCGUAAAUCUGACUUUGUGCAACCAAAUCUCAUCAACGACCAGGAGGCCGUGAGGUCGAGGAUGUGUUCGAAACCUCAGACUCUGCAGAGGUGUGAAGAUGGAGCCCUGACCUCAGGUGGUUACUCCACCUCAUAAUACUCACCUCACAGUUUCCUGGUUCUCUCGGUGUGGCGGUGAGAGACGUGGACGCUGUGAUUAGCGGGCCGAGCCCGACUGAACCUAUGGCAGAGAGACAGAACAGUACAGGUCCCCUUGUAUGACUCUACCAUGGACCAUAUCAUCUGCUGCCUGCUGGUCCUGGGAGCAACAGUGAUGAUCACUCAUGCAUGUCCCAAGUACUGUUCCUGCCAGAAUCUGUCCGAGUCUCUGGGGACAUUGUGUCCCUCCAAAGGCCUUCUCUUCGUGCCUCCAGACAUCGACCGCAGCACGGUCGAGCUCCGACUGGGAGGCAACUACAUCCUCCGCAUCACACAGCAGGACUUUGCCAACAUGUCGGACCUGGUGGACCUGACCCUCUCCAGGAACACCAUCAGCUACAUCCAGCCCUUCUCCUUCGGGGACCUGGAGACACUGCGGUCGCUUCAUAUGGACAAUAACCGCCUGACAGAGGUAGGCCCCGAUGACCUUCGAGGUUUGGUCAACCUGCAGCACCUCAUCGUGAACAAUAACCAACUGAGACGCGUUCAUGAGAAGGCCUUGGAGGACCUUGCACCGGCCCUGGAAGAUCUGGAUCUGUCUUAUAACAACCUGGUUUCUAUACCCUGGGACUCAGUGCGUCAGAUGAUUAACCUUCACCAGCUCAGUCUGGACCACAAUCUUUUGGACUUUAUUCCAGAGGGAACCUUUACCGACCUCGAAAGGCUUGCACGAUUGGACCUUACCUCGAAUCGCUUGCAGAAGUUACCACCUGACCCCAUCUUUGCCCGGGCCCAGGACUCCAUGAUCCUGACGACUCCUUACGCUCCUCAGCUGUCUCUGAGCCUGGGAGGGAAUCCUCUGCACUGUAACUGUGAGAUGCUGUGGCUGCGGAGGCUUGAGAGAGACGACGACCUGGAGACCUGUGCCUCCCCUCCUUCCCUGAAGGGUCGUUACUUUUGGAAUUUGAAGGAGGAGGAGUUCGUGUGUCAGCCUCCUCUCAUCACCCAGCAUACCCACAGGAUGCUUGUUUUGGAGGGGCAGACGGCCAGUUUGAGGUGUGAAGCAACCGGAGACCCUUCUCCCACCAUCCACUGGAUCUCCCCUGAUGACCGGCUGCUUGGUAACUCGUCCCGGACGUCAGUGUUCAGCAAUGGCACCCUGAGCAUCACCAUCACCACCUCCAAGGACUACGGCACCUUCACCUGCAUCGCUGCUAACGUGGCCGGAGAGUCCACCGCUCCUGUGGAAGUGUCGAUUGUCCAACUCCCCCACCUCAGCAAUGGAACCGGGCAGCCGUCUGCUCCAAAGUCCCGCCUCUCUGAUAUCACAGGGACUACAAGGAUCAGCAAGGGGGCUCCAAAGAACCAACCAGAGAAGACUGUGUCUGUGUCCGAGGUGACAGCUGUUUCAGCGCUGGUCACAUGGACAGUGAGCAAGUCAGCUCCCAAAGUGAAGAUGUACCAGCUCCAGUACAACUGUUCUGACGAUGAGGUGCUCAUCUACAGGAUGAUCCCCUCCUCCAGUAAAGCCUUCCUGGUCACUAACCUGGUGUCGGGGACUCGUUACGACCUGUGUGUGCUUGCCGCUUGGGACGACUCGGCCACUACCCUUACUGCCACCAACGUGGUGGGCUGCACCCACUUCUUCACCCAGGACGACUACGCGCAGUGCCAGUCUCUGCCCAGCCAGCUGCUGGGGGGCACCAUGAUCCUGGUGGUGGGGGGCAUCAUCGUUGCCACUCUGCUCGUCUUCAUCGUCAUCCUCAUGGUGCGUUACAAAGCUGCAGACGCCGACUCCCCCGCAGGGAAGCUGACCAACGUCAGCGAUACGCACUCCCAGACCAACGGCGGACGUCUGGGGCAGAACGGAAUCCUGAUGCCCCAGAAUCAGUCGCAGCCUCAGCCCGAGCCCAAGGUGAAGGCUAAGGUCACCCUGCAGGACGAGGUGGUGGAGUUUAAGUGCGGGUCCCUGCAGAGCAGCCUCACUUCAUCGUCCUCCUCCUCCUCGUCGGGCUCCUUGGCGGGCGGGUCCUACAGCCCGAACAGCGCCCUCGCAAACAUUUGGAGGUCGGCUCAGUCAAAGCCCCGGACCAACCUAGACCACCUCCUGGGGGCGUUCACCUCCCUGGACCUUCGGGGGGCGCAGGGCGGCGAGCUGGGGGCCUCCAGUAGCGCCUCGACCACAGCGGCGAGGAAACCGCGCACGGACAGGGAGCCUCUGCUGGGCCGGACUCUGGACUCCAGCCUAAGCCGGAUCCUCAUGCUCCCUCUGGACUCCAAACCGAGGAGGAGUCAGUCCUUCGACAUGGGGGACGUGCAGGGCUCCGGGGCCGCUCAGCUGAGCAACAAACGGCGCAGGAUCAGCAGCAUCUGGACUAGGCGGAGCCUGUCUGUGAACGGCAUGCUGCUGCAGUGCGAGGAGGAGGGGGACACGGGGGGGAGCAAGGGCACGUUGGACAGCGCCGACUGGGUGAUGGAGAGUACAGUGUAGGAGAGGAGGAGAGCGUGUACACACUGCCCCGACUCACCUCCACGCCAACACACGCCCGCUGGUCUCAGAGCAGAGCCUUCAUCCUGCAUGAAGCACACUCGUUUCAUCGCCCUCCUCCUCCUCCUCCUCCGCGCUCAGACUUGGAGACUCGACGAGACUCAAUGAGUCACAGUCACAGCCAAAUACAGACUUCAGGAGAAGAAGACCUUAACCUCUCACGCUGUACAGAGACGUUUUAACACGGCCAAUCAGCUGAAGGGAAAGCGGUGCUGUCCAAUACAGAAUUGUGCGCUCAUGCCCAUGGACUGUUAUUACCCUGUGUACAUUUAAAGUAUGUAAUGAAAUUAAGGUUUUAUAUUUUUUAUUUUGCUGGUCAAACACAACACUGGUCUCUGCCUUGACAAGCAUUAAGGCGCGUCUGGGUUCAAAUAUAAAAUGUUCUGCUGUAAAUUCAUCCUCAUCUCAGUGACCUCCUGAUGCAGUUUAUCUUCUGACUGAACGGUGCAGUAUAAAUAUAAAUAUAAAUAUAUAUAAGUGUAGAUGUGAUGCUUAAACUUUAAGACAAAAGAUUUAUUGACAAAGCUGUAUGUGAAUAUAUUUACUUUCUAUCAGAGUAUAUAUUUGAGGGGGUCACUCGGUAAUUCUGUUUGCUGAACAUUUGAAAUUUCAUGUGACUGCAAAGAUUUUACAAACAUUAUCUUCUGCUCUUUGUCUGCACUCUAGAGACUCAGUUCAAUGUUUAAAAAAAUGCCAAAUUAUUCGAGAGGAAACUGGUGCAAGAGGAAGGAUAAUCAAUGCCUGUGUGUUCGUGUACAUUAGAUCUGUUUGGUUUGGACAAAUGUUUUUUCAGGGUUUUAUAACUCAAUUUUAAAACAUAAAAUAUAAAAAAGGGAACCCUCUUUUUGUUACAACACAUAACAUGCAAGCAAACAUUUUCUUCCAUACUGCUGAAACUUCAUAUUCAGGGUGCUAUGACAAACGUUAGAGGAUAACUCUGGGUGCAGGAUUAGCAUAAUAACAACACAGUUGUCACUUAAGUUUAGCUACUUUCUGGAAACAGCCGCACGACUAUAACUAAACAAAAUUGUGAGGAAGC